UCCUUUGUGACUCUGUCAAUCAUACGUCCAUAAAUUAAUUUCGGUGGUAUAACGCUAUAACUGAUAUUGAUAUUCAGUUUUAUUCUGGAUCUGCGAAGCGACUUCUUUCCCUAACGGUUCGGCUUUUUAUUUAUGUCGGUUGUUAUUUAUGUGUAUGAAUGUCGGUCUCAUAUCUAUAUUCGUCACGCAGUCGUGCAGCGAUUUAAGGAUCAAGCAUUCAAGCGUAUGCAGAGAACCCUGUGCCUGCAUUCAGGAUUAAAACCCCUGGCUUCCCAUAAAAACCGCUGGAAUUUCUUCCUGGACACUAUAGUGUCGCACUGCUUUAGAAUGUAGUCACUGCUGAAAGUGUUGAAUACUGAGACGUCGCACCAUUAUAAUCUGGACGCUCGAUCAUGGACACUAUGGACCUGGUACCCCCGGCCAAACGCAAACUCCCCAUCAGUCUGCGCGCUCGCAAGAUCCUAGCCCGGCAGGGACUGCUCGAUCUGAGCCUGCAGACCCCCAGCAGCACCGGCUGGGAACCGGACAUCCCCACCCCCGCGCCCCUGGAACCUCCCGACGACGUAUCAUCCUCCAGCGACAGUCCCCCCGUCGCCGUCCUCCCCACCCCCCUCGAGACCCUGAAAAACUACGUCCAGUCCGUGGAGAUGAAGCGGUUUGCGCCGGUGGUGCAGCGAUUAAAGGAUCAAGCGUAUGCGGAGAACCCCGUGGGGUUCGUGCAGGAGUUCUUCGCGUUGGGGGCACAGCAGGGGACGUUGGUGGUGUGGGUGGACGGGGGCGAGGUGCAGACGGGGCCGGUGUUGGCCAGUCAGGAUGGGACGCCGCGGUGGGAGCAGACGGUGGAGUUGUGUGGGAGGGGGUUCACGGCGCAGGCGAAUAAUAAGCGGGCGGCGAAGAAUGGCGCGGCGCUGGCGGCGGUCCAGUGGAUUUAUGACUGCCUGGAUGAUGUCCUGUGCAUAAAACUUCCCGGAAAAUCGAAAUUCCCCCCGCAGAUCCCAGCCAGACCGAUCGCCGUUGCGAAACCUGCGGUACCUCGCGUUCUUCCGGGGGAUGCCGAUAACACCUUCGCCAAUCGCGUUGCCGAACUGGUGCAUUCCAAAUACGCGGAGGUCAUGGAGCGGUAUGGUGUGGCGGAGGCGUACCGCCGGUAUGCCGUUCUAGCCGGGAUUGUCAUGGAAAUGGAUGGGAAGAUGGAGUGUAUCUGUGUGACAACGGGGACGAAAUGUAUCGAUGCACAGCAACAGAGUUUAACCGGGCAGACAGUGAAAGACAUGCACGCCGAAAUCCUGGCCAUCCGCUGCCUGAAACGCUUCCUGUGCGCCCACAUCGCCGCGCACGCCUCCAACCCCGCCACCUCCCUCUUCCACCCGGACACCACCCCCCUGACCCCGCGCGCCACCUUCACCCUGUACAUCUCCUCCGCGCCCUGCGGGGACGCCCGCGUCUUCUCCCUGAGCGACCACGCCGACGGGACGGACGCCCACCCGCAGCGGCAGUGCCGUGGGCAGCUGCGCAUCAAAAUCGAAGCGGGCAUGGGCGGCGUGACCGUGCCCCCGGGGCACAGCGGCCGGCAGUACUGGGACGCGGUGCUGGGCGGGGAGCGCAUGCUGGUGAUGAGCUGCAGUGAUAAGCUGCUGCGCCGCAAUGUCGUCGGCGUGCAGGGCGGGCUGGGCGCGCUGAUGCUGCGGCCAGUGUACUGGAAGGCCGUGGUCAUGGGGCAUCUGUGGAAUGGGGAUCAUGUUGGGCGGGCCAUGUUCGGACGGUUGAAACCGGCCGCGGAGACGCUGCGGGAAUUACAGGAAUGCGGCUUUGCCUUCCAAGCGCCGGCCUUGCUGCACAGCACGUACGGCGAGAAACGCCAGAUCACCGUCAAGCACAACAUAGCCGUCGUCUGGCUGACCAACCCGGCCGGCGCCGACCACUUCGAACUCCUCAACUGCGUCAAAGGGAAGACCGUCGAGCAAAAACCCUCCGUGCUCUGCAAGAAAUCAUUGUUGGACGCUUAUCUGGAUGUGUGGGACCGGGCGGAGACCAUUCUGCCGCAUUUGGUGGAGCUGCGCGAUAACUGCCCCUCGCAGCGUCCCACGUACGCCGUGAUUAAAAAUUUAUCCGCGGAGUAUGUCCGCGGGAAGGCGUUGUUUGAGGAGAUGGUGCGCGCCAGUGGGAUUCGGUGUUGGGUGCAUAAAUGCGAGGAAGAGGAGGGAUUUGAUGCGCUUUGAUUUUUUUAUGGUAUUUUUCUUCUUUUGAUCUGUUUUAUGAUUUUAUGUUGUUAUUUUUCGGGGAACGAUUGAUGAUUUUAUUGUGCAUGGGUGUUAGUAUGCAAAUGAUGGUAAUUUGUUACCAAGUUUGAUGGUUAUUUUCGCUGAUUGUAGAUUAAUUUGGUUGGAGUGGGUGAUUGUAUAAAUGUACUUAGGUUGUAUAGAACAUCAACGAAGUAAACGCAUUUCUCGCGA